ACAUCUUUUAUCUGUUAUGCCCGAGCCCGCCAAGUCCGCUCCCGCCCCGAAGAAGGGAUCCAAGAAGGCGGUCACCAAGGCGCAGAAGAAGGAUGGCAAGAAGCGCAAGCGCAGCCGCAAGGAGAGUUACUCGGUCUACGUGUACAAGGUGCUGAAGCAGGUGCACCCCGACACCGGCAUCUCCUCCAAGGCCAUGGGCAUCAUGAACUCGUUCGUCAACGACAUCUUUGAGCGCAUCGCGGGCGAGGCGUCGCGCCUGGCGCACUACAACAAGCGCUCCACCAUCACGUCGCGGGAGAUCCAGACGGCCGUGCGCCUGCUGCUGCCCGGGGAGCUGGCCAAGCACGCCGUGUCCGAGGGCACCAAGGCCGUCACCAAGUACACUAGCUCCAAGUGAGCAAGCUACUUGCUUCAGAAACCAAAGGCUCUUUUCAGAGCC